GGGCUCUCUUACAUCCUUACCUCUAUCAACAGAGGUUUUAGAUUCCGAUUCACAUAGUAUGGUGUAAAGUAAUGAUUCUAUUCCUUUGUAUUCCGACGACUAAUUAUUCAUGGCUAUAUCAACGUGUCAUCCAUAUAUUUCCAUCAUGACAAACGAUGACUCCGAAGUCGCAGAGCUGUCUGGUGCUCCCACUACCCAGAUCUCGAUACGAUACUCUUCAGUUGACCUCAUCAAAUCACCCACUGAGAAACUCGGGACAUCAAAUAAGACGAUGUCUUUACCUGUCGAGAUUGUGCUAUUGAUUCUCGAAAUGGCUGUUGAAUUGGAGCCACGGAUGAUUCGCCUCGGGUGUCAUCACAACAAAUCCCUCAAAAUCAUUAUCUUGAGCAACAGCCCUGCCCAGUUUUACGUUACCUGGGAAUUGAGAGAAAUGCUUUUGACCUCCAAAUCUCUGAUCUCAAAGUUACUGAUACCUAGAGAAGAAGUUAUCCUCACUUAUGAGCCAUACUUUCGGCUUCCAAAAUCAAACUUCAGUGCUGGGAUUGAUACCUUGCAUAUCAGCACACAACUCUAUACCAUGCUCAGAACGGAGGUUCCCUGGAGGCAUAAUUUUCGACAAAUGUUUGAGCAUGUUAAAUACCUGGCUCUCGACCAUACUCCAACCAAUCAAAGUAUAUUUCUGAGACGCUUACGCUUAGAUUUUCCCAGGCUGCAAGAAUGUUCUAUACGGUUUGAUACCGCCGAUACAAGUCAAAACCUCACAGAUCAUGCUAUAGAUCGAUGGGUCGAAAUUUAUAGGAAGCUUGCGCACGAGCUUGAAUAUACGUUGGAGGUUGAGCUUGAUGGGAGGAUGAUUACUCAUGGCGUCAUACUAUACUUUGAGCGCAAGAGGUUCCCUUUUGGGGUCGCCUCUGCUGGGGGCUUAUCAUUUCUGAGAAAUGGGAAUCGUAUGUCACGGGAGCGGAUUCCGCCUGUCGAAUCGAAGCACCGGCGCUUGUCAUGUCAGAGUGGUCUGGAUACUAGGGCGCGCCAUUCCUGUUUUCAUGUCGAAGGGUGGGAUAGAAUGGAUGGACGAUAGUUUCUGGUGAGGAAUGAGGGAAGAUUCGAUGGUAGAUAAUGGUUGCCGGUGUUUUUAGAAGUCUUAGAUCAUAUAUAUCGAAGGAAAUGAGCUUCUUGGAAAGAACCACUCUUCUCACUUUGCUCAAUUUUCAAGGGCUUUUAGUGCAUGGGUUGAUUACAAUUUUGAUGGUCAAGACUCAAGAGGCUUGCGUAUUCUAAUUCACAUUUGUAUGUGCAUCCUCGUCAUACUCGUAUGCUCUUGUUCACAUUUACAUGUCUGUAUCUACAUCGAAUACUCAUCUCA